AUGUUGAGGAGCACUGCACUAGCGGUGUUUGUGUUAGGCUGUUUUUGUAAGUUUUUGGAAGGUGAUGAUUUAUAUUUUUAAGCGAAAAUUUAUCUGCCAAUUUUUUUGAUUGUGAUAGUUUAGGCUUAUCUAAUGCCAUAACGCAAGAAUCCCUGGAAGAUGAAGACUCACAACAGACCAGACGAGGAUACAAGGUAAUUAGAAUGUUUUUGGAGAGUUUUCGAAUAUGAGUUCUGGAAGAUACAAAAGUUUUCUGAAGUCCUUUUGAACGUCAGAAAAUUUUUGUUUAAAAAAGCUUGCUCUUAUGGAGAGUUAAAUCUUUGUAAAACCGAGCUCUUGACAACAUCAUAUUAGCUUCAAAUUUCCAGUUUCACAACCCGGUCCCAGCCACGCCACAUUCUCCGUGGUUAAGUGGCCCAAAUGAGAAGAAAUACAGUUUCCAUAUUGGGCAGCAAUCCUGGGUGGCUGCCAGGGAAAUCUGUUUGACAAAUAACGCUGAUUUGGCGACAAUCAGCAGCGAAGAGGAGCUGGAAUGGAUCUUGAGUCAUUACAAGCCUCAACUCCGGCAUUCAAAGGAUAGACAAAUCCAGGUAAAAUUCAGGUUCAUUUAUGAAUCUUGCUAUAUUUUCUUGGGUUUUUCCAAGGGCCCUGUUACGUGUAGUGAAUUUCCAAAUGCUAUGGCAAAAAUAUUUUUUCGGAAUUUUAGAAUUACAAUAACUUGAGAAGUUUCAGGUCGGUCUCUACGCUGAGAUUGAGGAGGACGAGCCAAUGAGGGAAUGGAAAUGGGUAACUGGAGAGGCCGUCAACUCGUCUAUACUGUAAGUGUUUUAUUGUCGCUUACUGUCGGUACGGAAUGCAAACUAUUUCUUAAUUCUUCAGUCUUGAGCCGUUUCUGGUUGUGCUUUAGCUUGGUAAAUGCAAAACAUAAGCUUAGGAAACUGUAAAUUUUAUGUAACCAAUUUCACUUUUCAGCUCUUGGGCAUCCGGGGAGCCCUUCGAUCACGCCAAUGGCAAAGAACGUUGCGGUCUUCUGAACAUCAACAGUAAGACUUUGGAUGACGUGGAUUGUGAGUUGGGUGGAAGUCCCCUCAGAUUCUACAGAUUCAUCUGUGAAAGGACUUUCAAUCAGCACUUGAAGGUAUGCUCUUUUCAAAAAAUUACAAUUUUUCUGACAGUCUUCUAUGAUACGUAUUAAACUUUCAUUUUUUAGCACGAAGAGUUGAACAACCCCAUGUGGAAGAAGCUGGAGGAUAUUUUGGUAUUUUUUGGAAUAAGCGACCGUACCAAGGCAAAAAAUUCGAAUUCCACAGAUUCGAAUGAAUCUUUGAAAGCAACUCCACUUGAAGAUGAGGAUUAUGAUGAGAAAAAAGACUUGAAGAAAGUGAAUGCAACUGAAAUAAAGAAGGAGAGCAAAGUUGAGAGAGCUCCAGUAAAACCAGAUGAAAAACCAUUGAAAGAUGACAAGAUAGUCGAGGACAAGGACAAGAAAUUGCAGGUGAGGGAUUUUCGCCCAUUUUACAAGGGAAAAGCUCGCAGUGCAAAGAUUCUUAUAAAACUUGGCAAAAGCUUUGGUUCAAUUUUCGUAACUUAAAAUCGAAAUUUCAAUUUUUUUUGACAAGGAUACGAAGUUUUUAUGAUAACUGAGAGUUGCUCUUUGUACCCUUCACUUUCCAAACUCAAUCAAACCUCUUACUUUUUAGUGUCAAAUUUUAAUAAACAUUUUUUAGACCCAUUCUCAAGCCUUUGCCGCCAAGACUAUCGAAACUGCUCCAACCCGCGAUGACUCUGAUCUCCUGGUCAUCACAAACCUUGAGCCCCUUCGCGAUGCUGGCAAAUUCGAUGGUGUAACUGAAUCCAGCAUCCGAACAACCCGCCCAGACCCCCUCGCUCACCUUGCGGACACGCUGGAGCAGGCCGUUGAAUCGGAUGCUCCAGGCGAUGAUGAUGCAAAAAUGAAAAACUUGGAGAGAAUCAUAAAUGCCGUACAAAAGAUGGUCGGAGAUGAUGAUAAGGACAAGGUGGGUUGGGAGACAGUGCGUGCACGAAUUCACAGUGAAAAACGGCCGAAAUUUGGGCCAACAAUCGAGUCUGAGAAUGAGAAUUCAAAUUCUGAACGGUCUAAUUCUAAUUCUGAGAGGUCUGACGAUCCAACUUAUAAGUCUGAUAACGGCAAUUCAAAGUCUGAAAAUCCUAAUUCGAAAACUGAAAACUCCCAUUUCCCGUCUGAAAAUCGCAAUUCUAAGUCAGUCGACCCUUCUGAUUCUUCCGAAGUCCAUCAUAUUUCUCAUCAUGACUCUCAUAGACAUCCACACUUUAGUUUUCCAGAUAUUUUUGACGAAAUUCUGGGUCCUAUGUUACCCCGACCCUUCCGCCCUAGGCCUUUUGAUAGACCAGAGCAUAGAGACACGAGAAAAUGGCAGCACCCUGACAAAUCUCACCUCCAAAAUCGUGAGAUGAGCGAAAUUAAUAGACAAUAUGGCCAAAAAACGGUCGAAAGCACUACUUUGAUUCCCAAAACGGGUGAAAUAGAGGGUUCCGGCCAGGAUAUUGAGAUCCCAAUUGAAGUUUUCACUAAAGCCAAGGCUGAGGUUAGCACUACUAGGCCAAAUUUAAGCAAUAUUGAGCCUCAUUGGGUGGUGAGGAAGACUUUCUAUGCUCAGCCCCAUCAGAAAAGAAAGAUCAAAGUGACGGAACCUCAUAGAAACCCGGACAGGGAAACGCUCCCAGAAUCCUUCGAAUUCGAUCGAGAUGAGCCUGAGGUGCGGAUUUUAAAACGCUUGGGGGGAUUAUAUUCUAAUUUAUUUGGGAUGCUGGCCCAUGAGAUGGACGAUUUUGGUGCUUUUGAUUAAUAAUAUUCCCUAAAAAUUAACUUAUUUAUGGUCAUUAAUAAUUUGUUUUCGUCUAUUGUAAUCAUUCAAUGUUCUUAAUAAAAUUUCCGUUUUGCAGAAUCGGCAUUAUUGAACCAAGUAAUGACAAGAGUGUUUUUCAGCCUCAAGAGCAAACGACUAAAACGCCAGCGGAAAAGAUCCAGUUUGUGGAGUCGAAACAGAAAACUGAAAUUGAACAAAAUGCAGUGGAGGCUACAGGUGUGUAAUUUUAUUUUGGACGAAACGGCGUCAAUAUUUUGAUGACGUAAAAAAGAUCCCAUCGAUUCAUAGAAAGGAGUAUGUUUAGGAAGCGCAUUACUAAAUUUUGAGUGCCUUUAUCCCACAGCGACAUACCAAGGCUUUCCUUAUAGCAAAAUUUCAUUUUGACCCAAAUUUGAAAAAAAUCGAGUCUUUGUUUUACCGCAAAAUAACUGCUAUUUAAAAAACUUUGAAAUUUACAAUCUCCCACAUUUUUGAGAUUAUCUUUUGCAGAGCCCGUAAAUCCAACAGAGCAAUUUCAAAUCGCUCUAAGCCUCGAUGAAGACUUCAAGCAAGCUCAGAAGGAACAACAAGCCCAUCCAGGUGUCAACAGUGGAGAUCUCUUGAUAAUUCCAAAAUCCUCCGAAGAAAUUGUUGGCUGUGGCGCUAAAAACUUAAAAAAGGAAUCUACCGUUUCAACUACCCCAUCGCCAGCUCAAAUUGAAGAGAGGAAUUUGCAUAUCAAUGCAUUUCUAAAUAACCUUCGUGAUCUACUGAACCGUUCCGACAGUACCGUGCUCUCCAAUUUAUUCGAAGCCAAUUAUACAGAUUCGGCGGAAAAUCUCGCUGACAAAUUGGAAAGAGCUUCUCAGCUGGCUAGAACAACUCAAAGUGUCCCGCCUAGUCCUGAAGAAUUAGAGAGAUUGCGAAAAAAUAUUGAAAACGACGUGUUGAAGAGCAUCGAGGAGCUGGGAGAAACUGAAGACCGUGAAUUCAAAAGUAUGGAAGUCGCAGAAAAGGACUUAGAAGCGAUUGGAAGCGGGUUGGAACCCCCAGCGGAGAAGUUGAUCUCACUUACACCAGUCGCACUGACAGCGCAUCAACAAAUUAUAGUGGAGAAGAAAACAGAAAGUCCAGAAGAGGCGAAUGUUAGCGGAUACACUCCAAAGACAACUGUGGAGUUGGCCAAGGAAAAGAAAACAAAGAAAUUCUUCGUGCUGUCGUCAGCAGAAGCCGCUGAGAAUGCAGCGGAAACGGAGGGAUUCUUGGCGAAGGUGAGUAUUCGAAUUUGAAUUUUUCAAGAAAUUGAAAGUGCGUAAUCAUGAUUUCAGAAUGAAGAAGAGAAGCCAGUAGAAAUUGAGGCGUCCACAAAACAGACAGCAACAUCUAUUAUCCCAGAAAGCGAGGAAGAUUCUGCCGAAGCCAUUGAAGGCUCAGGUCAAGCCCCAGUUGGAACAAGGAGAACUGAAGUGAAAGAACAAGGCAAACAACACGUAAGUCAUCAAAAGAGUGAUAAGAGUAAAGAUAAGCAAGAGCGUAAUUUUUGAUUGAAACAUAGCUAACUUGAAAAUCGAAUGUGUUUCAGAAAAAGCCCCGGCAAUCGCUCUUCCCCGACCUUGACUUCAGUCUACUCAACAACAAAAAGCUCGCCGAGGAAGCCGCUGAAAGUAGUAAAAAGCAAAAAGCUCAAGCCGACGAAGCGUAUAAAGCCUUGGCCAAGCUGGAUCAAAACUCAUUGGCGGCUCGAAUCGCUGCAUCAGAGGCCCAACGCAAGAAAGCCGAGCAAAAGACGGAUGAGAUAAAAGAUCCCAUCCAGGUCAAGAAGAUUCAAGUCCAGCCAGCGUUGAUGAAAAACAAGAAGCCGGAAGAUGUUGCGAAGCAGCUGGAGAAAAUGUUUUUUGAUUGGAGCAAUGGAGCGUUUGGGGUUCUCAACGGAUAA